CAUGCGCUCGGUGUUUGACGUGAGAUUAUUAUCAAAUUAUUUUUCAACAACGAAUAUUUCGUAACAUCGAUGCAGUGAAAAGUGUUAUUUUUAUUGUUGUAGAUUAAACUCUGGACUAUUAAGUUUAAAGAUGGACAGAACCGAGAGAAAAACGAAUUCGCGUAAUCAUUCAGUCACGAUAGAUCGAGAUUCUAAAAUGAUACUGCGAAAAAUAAUACUGGAUUUCUUGAUACUUUUUUGCGUUGGUUUCCUGAUACUGGUGUUCUUCUUGUGGGGGAAGCCGUACGAGAGGGGCUUCUUCUGCGACGAUGAAUCCUUGAAGCACCCGUACAAAGAUUCAACGGUGACCAAUUUAAUGCUGUACAUAAUCGGGCUUGGCCUUCCUGUGCUUACGAUGUGCCUGACGGAAUGGAUCAGACUGCGUGACGACAAGGCCCGCAGACCGCGUGCGCUUUUCGGCCGAGAGCUCCCGGCUUGGCUCUGGGAGUCUUACCAGGUCGUCGGCGUGUUCCUCUUCGGUUGCGCCUGUCAGCAGCUGACCACCGACGUGGCCAAGUAUUCGAUAGGAAGACUGAGGCCGCAUUUCUUCGAUGUCUGCCAGCCUGACAUAAAUUGCUCAUUACCGGAGUAUCGUUGGAAGUACAUUGAAGUCUUCGAAUGCUUGGGCGAGAACAAAAAGCUGCUUAAGGAGAUGCGGCUGUCGUUUCCGAGCGGGCACUCAUCGUUCGCAACGUUUACCAUGCUCUAUUUCUGUAUUUACCUUCAGAAGCGUUUUACGUGGCGCGGUUCUAAACUGCUGCGUCACGGUAUCCAGUUCAUCCUGCUCACGUUCACUUGGUACACGCUGAUGACCCGCGUCUCCGACUAUAAGCACCACUGGAGCGACGUUCUGGCCGGUUUCAGUAUUGGAAUUAUAUACGCAUUUGUUAUUUACGCUUGCGUCUCGAAUCUCCGUAAGACUCGAUCCUGCCGCUCCCACAACCACCACGAGGCAGAACUCCACGUGACCAACGGAAACAGCCACCCUCGCGUCCAAGUCUGACUAACAAAUGUUGACAGCUCGCGAUCCGGCAGCGAGGUGUCGUGAUGUCAACCGAACAUAUCGUGGAUCUCCCAUGAGUAUCUCGAUACAUAAGAUUAAUGGAAUUUCGGAACAUUAACGCAGUGAAUAUUUAAAACGCUAUAUUAUCGUUGCAUAUUGUGUGGCUGUAACAAGUAAAUAGCACGUAUGGAUGUGUGACGCAAAAUCGCGUUAGAUUAGAGUGCUCUUCCCUCUCAGUUAGAUUUGACACACGUCAAAUCUGACAUGUGUCAUUUUUGACAGAUACUUUAUUCACCUGAACGGUCGCUGCACGGUCAGGAAAUGCAAUGGCUCGUUACAAUAUUAAAUUAAAAUCUUAUCUUAUCUAUAAAAUUUUCAGCUCUUUUAACAAACAAGUUUAAGGAACUUAAUUAAAGAAUUCUUGAUUACUCAAUGUUGUUCAAUAAGAGAGUCUUCGCGUAUUUAAAUAGAAGCCGUUGGGUGGAUGAAUCUUAUGAGAGAACAAUUAGAUGCCUUUAUGGUGAAGUUGCCAUUAGAUCCUGCAAGAAAAAUUAAUGCUAAUAUAUAUUAAAUUAUAGUAUACUCGUAAUAUUAGUUAAAUUCAAAUGUUGUCAAUGCAAAGAUUAUAAUCGUUACGAAAACUAAAAUUGUAGACAGUUAACAAUGUAAUUGAAAAUUGUAUUUAAAAAAAAAAACAUUUAAAUUUUCCUACAAACAUUCUUGAUAGCAUUUUCUCGAUAGCGCACCGUUCGAAUUUUAUUUAUCUAAACAACGAUCAUUCGUUAAUGACAAAGUAGUAAAACCAACUGUCAUUAGUCGCUUUUUAAAAGGUUUGAAAAUGUAUCUCUCGAGUAUUUUAACGUUUCCGCCAUCAGAACGAUGGGCAGUUAAAGUUACUUAAAGGUAAGAAAUUACAGAGUUUUAAAGAGAAUGCGUAAUAAGACGGACGAUAAAGAUGGUCUCACAUGAAUAUGUCAUGUCUGAAGGUAUUAAGCGGAAUAGAUAAAGCAGACACGGGCUUCCAACGGUCGUGAGUAACGUGACUUGUGUUAUCACAAAAAAAAAAAAAACUAAACACUAUUUAUUCAUGUACAUAUCAACUGGAUUUUUGUUUGUCGAAGCUAAAUCUGUUUUAGGCAUUAAAAUGUUUCCAUUGCCUCUGUUAGAUGGAGGAGUUAAUGGUUCUCUUUGAAAGAAUAUAAUAUAGUCUUUAGAACAAUUCAGGAGAUCACAUUUUAUUAUUGUCAAUUACGCGGCCAAUUUUCUUUUUAAAAAAAAAACCUUUGAAGGAAUGUGAAAGCUAUUUAUCGAAACGCAUUUAGUUGAGACAUUUUUUAUUGCUUAAGUCGUAGAUAAAACAUAAUCUGGAUUAUCAUUAGUAGCGAUUUUUUUAUACAAUUUUUUUUUUGUUAAGAUUUGCAUAUAUUGGAAACAUUAAUCUCGUAUUAGGAGUACAUAAUGUAUAUUUAUUUUCUAGAUCUGUUAUUGCUUUUAUUGUCUUAAAACUGAGGCAGAGGGUUUUUUUUUCAUUAUUUUUAAUCGCUCACACCAGGGAAUUAGUAUAGAAACCGAAACAACAAUGAUAUGCAACCUCAAUUAAAUCAAAAUAAUUACAGAAUCUAACGAAAGUAAACCUUAUCUCUAGUGGAAUUGUUUUCAUUUUAUAGUAGAGAAAUAACAUUUUCUAUUUUGAAAAUAGAUUAUGUUUGAACGCAUGCAUUGAACAUGUUUAUUUUAUAUUAAUACUUUUUUUUUAUAAAUCGGUCAAAAAUAACAUAUUUAUGCGUGUAACUAAUAAUUGACGAAAUAUUUUAUUUGUGUUCCUAAAAAAAUGAAGUCGACCUAAACUUAUUAUUCUCGUGUUCUUUUUUUAUAUUUAAUAAGACAAUGCAAUUUUUUUUUGUACAUUUUAAAGGUAUAUAUAGAAAAUAUUUAGACAGUACGAAGAUAUCGUUGUAUUUUAGUUUUAAUUUUUACUGUUGUAAAUUUGUAGUUUUAUGAGAGCUCAUUUUUAUUUAUUUUAAUUUCAUCAUUAUAUUAUCUGCCUGACAAGUUUAUUGCAGCAUAAGCUAGGGCCCAUUAAAAUAUUUUAUUGUCUUACCUAAUCGUUGGUAAGGAGUUAUUCCAGCAAUGCACAGAUGGGUAGGUGAGCUCACGGGCUCAACCUGAGAUAAUCCGCUAACACUAGCCCCAACAAGAGCAGUGCUUCUCUGAAUCUACUACCCGAUCAAAGUGGUGAUCCACUGAGAAGAUCCGGAGAGAAACUCAAUGUGUUGUGUAUUUUGCAUUAAAACCACUACUACUUAAAAUUUUGGCUUUUUGGGAAUACUGUAUCAUAUUUACCGAUACGUUAGAAUAGAACUCCAAACAUACAUAUAAUAUUAUAUAUUUGGCUAUUACCAUAGAUCUGUCACAUAGCAAUCUGUUUUCACAAUGACAUUUUGUGUUUCUUCUUUCGUAACGUUUUUAUAUGAAGGAAAUAUUUCUCAAUGUGCUAUCAAAAUUUUGGGCAAUUAAAUACAAUUACCGAUUACACUUAUUACAAAAAAAAACGUCGAAUUCUUUUUAAGCUUCUCAUAUCUCAAGCCUUAUAGAAUUUGUAAGAAAUAUCCUUUUAAAUUUGUUCUUCUUAUAUUACCAAUCGAUCGUAUGAAUUCAUAUCAAAUAAAUCAAAGAAUCGGCUCGUCAUAAGCGCUGAUGUGGCGAGAUACGAUACGGUCACCAGCGCAUCUCAGACUCCGUCACCCACUUUAAGAAACUCUAACUGAUGCCUUUCAGAAAUGGAACAGCCACACUGUUACUCAGAAUUUCAAUAGACCAUAAUAUUAGAUGAUAAAUUGUGAUUCGUGAACUCUUAAAAAAAAUACUUUACGGCUUAAAAUUAUGCAUACUAAAAAUGUAUUCUUCAUAUAAGCAUUUAUUUAUUAUAGUUUUAUUGAUGGAGACAAUAAUAUUGACAAUAUUAAGAUAAAUAUACUAUUGGAGACCAUAUAUUGUCUACACACUGUCUGUAUUUGUAAUAAAUAAAUAUUGAAUUGCCGUUUUAAACUUGUUAGAUGAAAUACACUGAUAUUGUCUUGAAGACAGCUAUGACAGCGUAUUUACUCUGUGAUAUUAUAUGUAUAUAAAUAUAUACAUAUUACAGAAUACAUUAUACAUAGUACAUAAGAAUAGGUGCUUUAGUGGUAAACAUUUCAUAAUAUGAUAUUAUAUUGUUUAUUAUUAUGUAUAUAAUAUUUUUAUUGAUAUUAUUAAAUUUACACAUAAUAUCAGGGAAAUGCUUUAGAAAAAUAGUAAAGAUAGUCUUAAAGUAUGAAUUAAGAAAUAUUUUGAAUGCAUUUUACUUUUGCAUUCACGUAUUUAGUCGUAAUUGCUUCGUUUCUUUUGUUUUAAAUAUCGACUCUAAAGGUUACCUCGAUAGUGUUCAAUUUCGGGUAGUCAAGUUUUUUUUUACUUCCGAACACUGAUAUGAGUUAUUAAACCGCUCAAAGUUUAGCUACGCUCAUCUUUUGUUGUAGUUAAAAUCGUUUAGGCUUUUUUAUUGCCCUUGUAAGCAGAUGAGCAUACGAACCAUUUGCCACUGCCUAUCAUGUAGCAAUCUUGCUUGCUUGGCUUGGCAACCAGUCAGCGUUGUCUUCUAUUGCAUGCUUAGCUGAGUAAUUUGUAUAAUAAAGAAAGAAAAAAUAAAAAUAAAGCUUGCUUUUUUAAUAGAACACCAAAUUAAACAUUCUAGUAAUAUUUUUUUAUCCUGGUAAUCUUGGACCGGUUAUUGGACUAAAGUAACGAAAAUUAUGUAUAUUAUUAUCAUCGAUCCUUGUAUGAAAAGUAUCAAAUUAAUUGGAUAAAUUUAAAAAUUUCGUAACAUACAUACAUAGAUCAGGCCAAUAUGUUAAAAUAGUUUACAAACAAGGAGAAUGCGUUUUGGCAAACACAAUCAUCCCAAGCUAGAUGAGUUUACUAGUGCAGUGGUGCUGUUAUAUGAGUCGUCUAUUAUCAAAGGUGGCAAUCUGUGCAUUUGGACAAAAAAAUGUUAUUGAUAUUUCAAUACAGAUUGAUUUGAAU